AUGACAACUUCAACAUCAUCAACCGGCCCAGUCGCUCCACAACGUCGUGACCUCACUCUCUUUGUUCACUACCGUAGUGAUGUAACCAAGAUCAGUUUUAACAAUGUUGCCGACCACGACGAUCUCCGUCCCAUCAUUCGAGCCAAUCCAGAGUUCGUUAUUCCUCGUGGUGCUAUGCUUCUCUUUGCCGAGCCACCAUCAAAUGACAACAAUGCCCCUGCUCGUGUACCCCUUGAUCCCCUUGCUGCUGUCACUCUAGCCGAUGGUGCUCACCUCUAUGUUGAGGUUGAGGAACCCUCCGAGUCUGAUCACAAAAGAAAAGAUUUAGAGGAUUCAUCAGACUUAAGAAAGAGAUUGAAGAUGACUGAAGAAAAGUAUUCAGAGUUGGAAGAGAUUGUUCGAAAACUAGCUAAUGGGUCAUUACUUGUAGGGGCAAAGGACUUGACCAACGUCAAGGAGAUUGAGGCCGCCAAGAGUACCGCAUUGGUUCCCUACAUUCCUCGACCUUGUCACUUUGGCAAAUGCACCUGUGAGGAUUUUAUGGAAGGACCGAACUACAUGUGGAAGAAAGAACUGUAG